GGUUCACUCCUGAGCGCUGCCAAAAGCAAAUAAAGGCACAGCGCUACCUGUGGAGUUGCUUUGCGAGCAUGAAAAAUCCAAACCAAACCUAUCAUCAUAAAAUGCGACGAUUUCAAGGCGGUUAUUCAUUUCGUGCAGAGAUGGCGGCUGUGGGUCUGAGUGACCGAAUCAUCCAGCAGCUGGAUUUCUCCAGCUGUGGGGAGGAGGACAGCAGCGACAGCAGCCUGGAAGAUUGGAGCUGGAGGGAGGGCGGCCCAGAAGGCAGCUGGAGGAGGGAGAGUGGCAGUUCGAUGUGUCGGACGCCCAGAAUGUCGCGGAAACGCCAGCACAGUAGCGCAGCAUCCCCUUCCACCCCCAGGACCACCUGCCCUGGCACCCCUUUGCACUACACGACCUGGAGAAAAUUACGCCUCUGUGACACUCCCAGCACACCCAAAAGCUUACUGUCCAAGUCCACUCUGCUCAGCUCCAACAGCAAGCGUCAAGGACAAAUGCUACUCAGGGUCACCGCGGGGUCGGACCUCGCCCACGUGCCUUCGGUCAAUGUGAACCCCUUCACUCCUGAAACCUUCAGGAAGUGCAGUGAGCAGCUAAAGAGGAAGAGCAGGGACUUCGAGGAUGAUAUAAGAGGUGGACUGGAGUCAAAGCUGUCUGAUGACGAGUCUUUCCUACCAUCAAAGAGACCUACAGUCUGCACCGACAUGGUAUCGCGCUACGAGUCAGAGUUUCUGGAGCUGGAGAAGAUUGGAGCGGGGGAGUUUGGAGCAGUGUUCAAAUGUGUCAAGAGACUCGAUGGGUGCCUGUACGCCAUCAAGCGCUCCAGGAGACCACUGGCUGGAUCUGCAGAUGAGCAACUGGCCCUGCGAGAGGUGUACGCGCACGCCGUUCUUGGCCAUCACCCGCACGUGGUGCGCUAUUACUCCGCCUGGGCCGAAGACGACCACAUGAUUAUUCAGAACGAGUACUGCAACGGAGGAAGUCUUCAUGAUGCCAUUAUGGAGAACACUGCCCAGGGGUGUAUAUUCCGGGAGAUGGAGCUGAAGGACAUCCUCCUGCAGGUGUCCAUGGGACUGAAGUACAUCCACAGCUCCGGCCUUGUGCACCUGGACAUCAAGCCCAGCAACAUCUUCGUGUGCCACCAGCCAGCCCCAGUGUCCAAGAUUCAGGGGGGCGAUGGGGAGAGUGAUGAGGACGAUGAUGACAACUCCUCCGCAAGCAUUAUUUAUAAAAUAGGUGACCUGGGUCAUGUGACCUCAGUUAUCAGCCCCCAGGUGGAGGAGGGAGACAGCAGGUUCUUGGCCAAAGAGGUCCUGGAGGAGGAUUACUCUCACCUGCCCAAGGCUGACAUCUUUGCCCUGGGCCUGACUAUGCUGCUGGCCGCAGGGGCGGAUCCACUCCCCCAGAACGGUGAAGAAUGGCACCGCAUUCGCCAGGGCCACCUGCCCGCCCUCCCCCAGGAGCUCUCGGCACAAUUCCAGGGCCUCAUCAAGUUGCUGCUGGAUCCUGCGGCGUCCCUGCGCCCCUCUGCCUCGGCGCUGUGCAGACACCCCAUUCUGAGGAAGGGCACCCAGAAAACAGCCGCCCAGCUUCUCAAGGAGCUCAACGUGGAGAGGUUCAGGACAGCCAUGUUGGAAAGGGAGCUGAAGGAAGCCCGGCAGGCUGCCUCCUCACCGCUGCAGGACCUUAGCUCCCUCUGGCAGCUGUCCGACCACAGGGGCUCUGACUCGCGGCCGCGGAGGGUGGUGGGCGGAAAAGCCGUGCGAUCCAUGAGCUUCGGAGGAUACUGACCGCGCUUCUCCCGUCACCUACUGUAGGUGAACUAGUCUUGCCAGAAAUCUGGGCCUGGAGAAGGGAUUGCAAAAGAACAAUUGGAAAUGCCCUUUUGUUCCCCGCUCUGCUGGGAGGGGCGGGGUCACACAUUACCUGGAAAGGAACUCCAGAAAGGAACCAAAUGGAUCUGCCAUUGCAUGUGAUGAACAAGAUAAACAGAUACUGCUACCGUUGCUGAUCUGUGGGAAAGCUUUUUCUGAAGUAGCAAUGUUGAGCUCUAUCUUAGUAGAUGGUACAUGUUUUUGAAGGCUAGUUUUGAUAUGAAAAGGAGUACAAAGAACCAUGAUUACCAUUUGUCUCGAAGGCAAAUGAAUAAUGUCCUGAAAUGCUAAACACUUGCAUAGAGCAUGCUUUAGUACACCAGUGAUACCCCUUACAAAUUCUGUUCUGGUAAGUUCUCCACAAUAAAGCAGAAUCCCACGGUGUGCUUUUUACAGUGCAGGGUACUGGCCUCAUAUAGCACUGCUCAUUUUCCAGUGAACUAGUCAGCGACGCUUGAUAGCUUUGGUUGUACUCUUGAAAUUUCAUCAAGUACAUUGGCCAAAAAUGUUGCCCUUUAAUUUUAAGUUUUUUUUUAAUGUUCUUAAUUACUGUUUAGUCAUUUUUACUUAUCCAUUGUAAAUAAAGUUUUAAGUGUUUUUAUGCAA